AAAAUGGCCAUCAAAAUUGUCUUUGGACUCUCUCUACUCGCUGCUGCUAGCCAGCUCAUCUUCGGAUACCCCGCAACUGGUGUCAGUUACGGUGAUCACGAACUUCGUGCCCAAAGACCUAUUGUCAAAGCUGAACCCGAGCGCCCCAAAGGUGAUGGGGAAGUUACCGCUGAUGCUGUUUUCUCUGGAAUUGGCACUUUUGCCCAUUUACCUUUUGCCCAAUGCUGGGCCAAUGGAACCGCUGACUUCGAUAUUGCUUUCAUCGGUGCUCCCUUCGAUACUGGAACUAGCUACCGCCCUGGUGCUCGAUUCGGACCCGCUGGUAUUCGCGACGGUUCUCGUCGUUUGAACUUGUAUGGUGGUUAUAACGUUCCCAUGGAUGUUAACCCGUUCAGCGACUGGGCCAAGAUUGUCGAUUGCGGUGAUAUUGCCGUUACUCCUUAUGAUAACAAGUUUGCCAUCGAUCAAAUUCAAUUUGGUCACCAAGAGCUUCUCCACCGUAAGCCCGCAACCGCCACUUCAAAGUUCCCUAGACUGAUUACCCUUGGAGGCGAUCAUACCAUUACACUGCCUUUGUUGCGUUCCAUUCACUCUGCCUAUGGUCCAAUCUCAGUCAUUCACUUUGAUUCUCACUUGGAUACAUGGAAGCCUAAAGUUUUUGGUGGUGCUAAGUCUGAUCAAGCUGCAGUCAACCACGGAACCUACUUCUGGCAUGCUUCCCAAGAGGGCUUGAUCAAGAAGGGUACUUCCAUCCACGCCGGUAUCAGAACUACUCUCAGUGGUCCAAGUGACUACGAGAAUGAUGGUAAUGCUGGAUUUGAUAUCGUUGAAGCCAGAGAUAUUGACACCAUCGGUACCGCUGGCAUCAUUGAGAGAAUCCGUGAAGUUGUUGGUGAGAACCCAGUAUACUUGUCCAUUGAUAUUGAUGUCUUGGAUCCUGCCUUUGCACCAGCAACCGGUACUCCCGAGACCGGAGGUUGGAGCACUCGUGAACUUCGACGUAUUAUCCGUGGUUUGGAAGGAAUCAAGCUAGUUGGUGCUGACAUUGUUGAAGUAGCCACUCCUUAUGACACUAAUGCCCAAGUUACGGCUAUCGCUGCUGCCGAUAUUAUGUUUGAAGUCAUGAGUCUGAUGGUCAAGAAGCCGCUGGACGAUCUCGAAUAAGU